ACCAUUAGUAGUAGUAAUCCAAUAUGGUUGGCUUCAAGGUAGCUGUUCUACUCUUCGGCUUGGCAUCCGCCUCUGCCCUUCCUCAGCCCGCUGACGAAAGGUGGGGCGACCAGCCCUCAUGGUGGCCUGACUCCUUCCCGUGGCCCCCAGCGCUCCCAGACCAGUGGCCUGACAGGCCUGAAUGGUGGCCCGACUCCCUCGCCUGGCCCCCGGCGAUCCCAGACCAGUGGCCUGACAGGCCUGAAUGGUGGCCCGACUGCGCCUCCUGGCCUCCUGCGGUGCCCGAGCAACUCCCUCCCAACUGCUGGCCCGAACACUGGCCCUGGCCCCCGGCGCUACCCGAGCAAUGGCCCGACCAACCCUCUUGGUGGCCUGAUGCGCUCCCCUGGCCUCCAGCGCUACCUGACCAGUGGCCCGACAGGCCCCAAUGGUGGCCCGAAGCGCUCCCCUGGCCCCCUGCUCUCCCUGAGGACAUCCCAUGGCCCCCACCAGGCGUCGACACCGACAGGAUCCCUUACAUUCCCUCCAGGGAUAACCAGUUCCAUCUUUUCACCAGGAACAACCAGUACCUGAGCCAGCCUCUUAUCAUCAACAAUGCUAACCUCCUUAGCUCUUCAAACUACAACGCCGGUCGCAGAACCGUGAUCCUCGUUCACGGCUACCAGGGUUCUGCCACCGCUGCCUUCAAUGCUGUGCUUGUACCUGCUUUCCUCGCCGCUGAUGACGUGAACGUGAUCAUCGUUGACUGGAGCAAGGGUGCCAACUCCCACGUCGCUCUCUCCACCUUCUACUCUGUUUUGUCUGGAAACUUCGUCGCGCGCUUCACAAGAUGGCUGACGCAGCAGUCUGGCGCCAACCUGGCUGACUUCCACAUCGUGGGGCUCGGUCUCGGAGGUCUUAACGCUGGCUUCAUCUCCAGACGUCUGAACAGCGAAGUUGGAUACGUCACCGCCCUGGACCCCUCCGGAGUUCAAAGAUUCAGCGGAUUGCUGCCCGCCCUCAACCCCACAGUCGCGCAGUAUACCGAAGUGAUCCACACCGACGUGCAGGGCCAAGGCUACCGCAACCCCUUGGGGGAUGUCGACUUCUACCCCAAUGGGGGAGGCUACAUGCCUGGAUGUGGCGGCGACAGUGAAUGCAACCGCAACAGGGCCGUUUACUACUUCGCUGAGUCUAUCCAGACCGGUGGCUUCACCGGGAUUGAGUGCGCCUCCCACCAGGAAGCUCUUAGCAGCAGCUGCAACGGAGCCGGCAGACUGAACCUUGGUGGACUUGCUCCUAAGACUGGAUCCAAGGGUGUCUACUGGGUUGGCACCAACGCCUCUCCCCCCUUCUCCCAGGGCUAAGCUUCGUUCAAUUAGUUAUUUAUUAAGCUUCUAACUAAGGAAUAAAUAAAGAAAUGCUUUGCUCUGAA